CCUCCCCGGCUCAGCGCUGCCUCCGUUGGCGGCGCCGUUGGGCGGCGCGGCGUCGCGCUCAGUGCUGCGGCUGCGGCUGUCGGCGGAGCAUUCGGGCCGCAGCGUUUCGUGCGUGGCCGCCGCGGAGCCGUUGGGGGUCACCGCCACCGCCGAACACCGCCUGCAGCUGCGCCACCCCCCCGUGGUGUCGCUGCCGUCGGACUCCGUGGUGGUGCGGGAGGGGGGGGGGGCGGAGCUGCCGGCCGUCGUGCGCGCCCAUCCCCCACCCGAGCGCUGCGUCUGGAGCCGCCACGGGACACCGCUCAGCGAGGGCGCCCGAGUGCGGCUGCGCGGAGCGGCGCUGUUUGUGGCCAACGCGACGCGGGCGGACGCGGGGCGGUACAGCGUGCGCUGCAGCAACGCCGAAGGGAGCGGCACCGCCGCGCUGAGCCUCACCGUGCACUACCCUCCCCGCAUUGUGUCAGCUCCGGACCCGGUGGUGGUGUCGGAGGGCGGCACAGCGGAGCUGCAGUGCGACGUGGAGGGGAACCCUCUGCCCAACGACUGCCUGCGCUGGGGGAGGAUGCAGGAGGCGUCCCAUGGGGCGGAGGGGGCGGCGCUGCCCCCCGCGCUGCAGCCCUAUGGUUCCCCCCCCCGGGGCCGCCUGCGGGUGGUGGGGGCGGGGCGGGCGCUGGCGGGCGCCUAUCAGUGCCGCGUGGACAACGGGGUGGGACCCCCCGCAACCGCACUCAUCCGCCUCGUCGUCACCUACGGCCCGGAAUUGGAGGAGGACCCUCCGGUGGUUCCGGUUGGGGACGGCGCCGAAGUGGCGGAGCUGCGCUGCCGGGCUCGGGGGGUUCCGGCUGUGGAGCUCAGCUGGGAGCGCUACGGCCAAUCACUGCCGCCCGACGGAGACUGGUACCACUGGCGGCAGUGGCGGGAGGCUCCGUGGAGCGGCAGCGUUCUGACGGUGACCAACGUCAGCCUGGAGCGCUCCCAGCGCCGCGCCGCCCCCUCCCCAAACUGGGACCAGUACCGCAACUGGGAGCCCCGCAACCGCACCCUGGGCAGCUUCGUGUGCGUGGCGCGCAGCGCCCGCGGCACCGCCAGGAGGGAGAUGAGGCUGCAGCUGGCCGACCGGCCGGACCCCCCCCGCGAUGUGCGCGUGUUGCAGAGCGGCCCCACAGCGCUGAGCCUCGGAUGGACGGCCGGAUUUGGGGGGGGGCUGCAGCAGAGCUUCAUUGUCAGGGUUGAGGGUCCCGGCGCCCCGCCCCCCCCCGCCGCCUUCCUCUCUCCGGGCCCCGCCCUCACCGUGAGCGGCCUCCGCCCGUCCACCACUUAUGACGUCACCGUCGUCGCACGCAACUCCCGGGGGGACAGCGCCCCCGCGGUCAUCAAGGCCACCACUUCCGAGCUGCCCCAGGAUUGGCCGCAGCCCCCCGGCGAAGCCCCGCCCCCUUCCGCUCUGCCCGGUCCUCCCGUCCUGGUGGGGGCGCUGUGCGCUGUGGGGGCGCUGCUGCUGCUGGGGAACGGAGCGCUGGCAGCGGCCCUCCUGAGGCGGAACCGGAACCGGAAGCGGGGGGGCGGGGCCGACGAAAGGGGGCGGAGCCCGGAAGGGCGGGGAGAGCAGAGUGUGGAGAUGAGCUCCAUGGGAUCGUGGCCGCCCCCCCCCCCAAGCGACGCCGCCCCCCCCCACCUUGGAGGACUUCCCCCCCCCCCACCUGGGAGGACCCCCAAAAAUGGGGUCCCCCCGCGCCCCCCCCGGGGCUGAACCAUCACUACGAGGACGUGGCCCAAUGGGGGGGGGACGAAGAGGUGCCCUUUGACCUCCGAGGGGAGCUGGUGUGACCCCCCCCCCCCAAUAAACGCUGCCUAAUUAA